AUGGCGUUGAAGAGUCCCAAGAGUGGAAAUAGUACCGAGUGUCACUACUGGGGUUACUCUUUUCAUUGGACUGCCCUCCACUCCUCUGCCGAUGACCUCAAGUCGUUGAUAUACAGCUGUGAUUCCCUCGCCGACGAAUGUGUGGGACGCUUGAACAAGAUUCCAUCCGCUGAUGAUGACACCGAUAAACGACCUUUCAACAAGGACCUCUAUGGGUUAUUGAGGGACCAUACGGAGGAGGACCCAAAGCUCAACGAGCUCUGGACCAAGAUCAAUACAGUCCCGAAGUGGGUAGACUGGGAUCAAAUCCAACGGGGCCAGGAUGUUUUCUUCCGCUAUGGCCUUCCGAUUCUCAAUGUUCUCAGUUUUGAAAGCUUACUUGGUGGAAUGGGAGCAAUGCGAGUCGUCGAAACCCUUUCGCGAACAGGCGGCUUUGGGGCAAAGGUAGUACGCCGACGAUUACUCGAGACGCUUCAGCAUAUACUUCAGGUCAACACCUCAGUGGAAGGUAUGAAGCCAGGCGGAGACGGCCACAUCUCAUGUGUUCGUGUCCGACUGCUUCAUUCGUCUGUCCGCAAGAGGAUCCUAAGUCUGGUAGACCAGAACCCUGAAUACUACAAUGUCAACAAGUACGGAACACCGGUUAAUGACCUAGACUGCAUCGGCACAAUCAACACAUUCUGCAGCGUGGUGAUAUGGCUCGGUCUUCCACGACAGGGCAUCUACCCCAGUCAGCAAGAGACUGAGGACUACAUCGCGCUCUGGAGGCUAGUUGCAUACUAUAUGGGAACACCGACGGAUCCAUUUGAGAGCACAGCUAAAGCUCGUGCUAUGAUGGAAUCGCUUCUCGUUUCUGAGAUCGAACCCACUGAGACCGGAAAGAUCCUGGCGAAGAAUAUCAUUAUUGGAUUGGAGAAUACUGCGCCGGCUUUUGCAUCCAAGGAAUUUAUGGAGGCGAUGACUCGACUACUCAAUGGAGAUCAACUGUCUGAUGAGCUUGAUAUCCCUCGGUCUAAUAUAUACUAUCGGAUGUUGAUCUGGGGAUAUUGCUUCUGGGUUAUGACUAUUUCAUAUGUUGUACCAAAGAUAUACUUCGUCGACAGGAUUAUGAUUUCGCUCCGCCGAAAGUACUUCUACAAGUUAGUCCUCGACGAGAAGAUGGGUCUUGGGGAGGAGUCGCGCUUCGAGUUCAAAUACGUGCCUACUCUCAAUCGCACCACCCGCCUCGGCCAGCGAAGAAGCACUAAAUUCGAGAGACCCGGUAUUGAAAGUCUUGCGCGUCUAGGCCUUCUGGCAGCCUUUACUGCAGUAGCCACUUUAAGCAUGGGGUUUGUAUUUGCGGCGAGAAUGAUUCCUUCGCAGCUCUUCAUGGUUCGAGCAUGA